AUGGAGCUUACGCAGGAAUGGAUUCAGGAGGAUGUUGUUUUUGAAAACCCACUGUUGAAAUUAGCUCUCAACGGAUUAAAGCACUACGGGCUUCUACUGUACAAAAGUCAACCGUGGAAAAACUUGAACGGUUUCCGGGGAGCGUUUUUCACCGCUUCAAUGCUCGUGUUCAACAUAACCCAAUUCAUGGACUUGUUUCAAGUUUUUGGCAACAUUGGCGAGAUGACGGCCAACGCUGCAACAACACUCUUGUUUCACACCACCGUUGUACGAAUUCUUCACUUCUAUUGGAACCGAACUAGAUUCAACACCCUAAUUCGUAUCGCUGAUGAAGAAAUUCGGCACAUCAUGCGUCACGGAAACGCAACCGAAAAGCGGAUUCUUUCCAGUAACGUCAAACACACGAAUCGGCUGACAUUAGUUAUCUGGAUGUGUGUCUUGAUUACCGCUAACACUAUAAUCUACUAUCCCAUAAUACAGUACUGCAGGAUGAAAUCGACAGACAUGUCCAACUUAGAGAAACCAUCAUUAAUUCUACAAUCCUGGUAUCCAGCGGAUACUGUACGUUUACCGAUAAUAUACGCUAUCCAGCUGUACAUUAUGUAUCUGGGUCAACUGAUCGUUACCAGCUGGCUCUUGUUCAUCAUCAGCUUGAUGGUGUACUUGCGAACCGUGUUGAUGGUGCUGAACCACAAACUGUCACACUUGGAGAGCUACGAAGUGUCCGAACUGCGAAGUGCUCGACCGCUACGGAAGAUUCGAGCAGAUUCGGAUGAGGCACGUUGUGAGCUGCGUGCGGAACUUUUGGUCGAAUGUGUCCAACAGCAACGCAAGAUAUACGAUUACACUCGGGAGUUGGAAAGUUUGACGAGGAGUGCAGUGUUUUUGGAUUUUGCCACGUUCUCGAUACUGAUCUGCGCGUUGUUGUUCGAGGCAUCUUAUACCGAAUCAGCCGUUCAAGUGUUCAUCGAUAUUUGCUACAUAAUGACCAUGAUAGCCUUUCUUUUCGUGUACUACUGGCAUGCCAACGAAAUUAGCCAUCAUGCAAACCUUCUAUCGAGUUCGGCAUAUCGGAGUGAUUGGUACAACUAUCCUCGUUCUGUAAACCGCCACUUGAUUACCUUCGGCUGCUUCAACAACAAACCGCUCACAAUAAAGGCCUUCUUCGUUCCGACGUCACUGGAUACCUUCAUAGCGAUUCUGCGAGCUUCUUAUAGCUACUUUACCAUCCUGAAGCAAGCCGCCGACUAAUUAGCUACUCGAGGUUCACCUCACAAACCGCUGGCAAAGACCCCGGACCCCGACAACAAAAAAGCGUCCUCGUCGCCUACUUAUUCAUUUAAUUAAACAAUAGCACCUGUUUUUCGCACACAAAGUUUCAACACCCAACAACACACAGUGUGGCGGCACUUGUAACCAAAAAAAAAACCCCAACCGAAUGCGAACCUGAGAAUCGCCAUGACACCAACUUCGCCACAAUAAUAAUGGACUUUGCUG